AUGGAGAAACACUUUUGUGCUAACUGUUCUCUUUCCGUAUCUUUCCUUCCUGUAGAAAAAGAUGAGAAGAGAACAAACAUCUCACAGGCAGAGUCCCAGAGUGCCUCUCCCAAGCAGAGGAAGCAGAGCGUCUUCACGCCGCCCGCGCUCAAAGGGAUUAAACAUCUGAAGAGCCAGAGUGAUUCAUCGUUUCCAGAGGAAGAAGAGGGAGUUAGUGAAAGGGAAGAGGAUUGGGGCCAUUAA